AUGGCCGUAGCUGCUGCUCCAGUGUCAUUUUCCUCUACUAAAGAGACCACCAAUUAUGCAAAACUUUGUCGUCUUCUGGUUGAUGUGGGAUCUUGUGUGCUACGGGACACAUUUGACAGGAUUAAUCUCCCAAGUGACCUCUACAAAACCUUGAUGACACAUCACACCAAACUUCAGCUACUUCAAAAGAAAAAAGUUUUAAAUCCAACACAAUGGGGAAAGUUAUACCCUGCAAUACGCACCUCAGUAUCAUCAAGAGACUUUGAUAUAACUCUUCUGACAGUCCUACUGAGGAACAUUUGUAGCUUAAGACCACCAGCCACUGGAUGGGAUGCACCUCCACCUGCCACAGACAUGAGCACAGAGGCUGACAUUGCCCGAGUGAAAUACUUUAGAAAUACAGUGUAUGGCCAUGCUGAGAAGGCUUCUGUGGAUGAUGCUACAUUCAAUGUGUAUUGGCAAGAUAUCAAAGAUGCUUUAGUGAGACUUGGAGGACCUACAUAUGGAGUGGCAAUUGAUGAUCUUAAAAAUGAAUGCAUGGACCCUGUAUUUGAGGAACACUACAGAGAACUUCUAAAGGAAUGGAAAAGAGAUGAUGAUAACACUAAAGACAAACUGGAUGAAAUUGAUCGGAAACUUGAAGAACUGAUGAAAGCAUCAACAAGCAAAACACAACAAAAAGGUAAAUUUGUUAGCAGCAAGGUGAUGUGAAGACAGGGAAGGAAAAACAAAAUUGAUGAUAGAGGAAUGAGGAGAAAAAACCAGAAGAAACCACAAACAAACUUAGCAAGAAAUUAGAAGAAUUAUCAAGCCUGUUUCUAAUCCUUUUUUCUUUUUUACUUUCCAUUCCUUCCUUUUUCUAUCCUUUUUUUGUUCUAUGUCUCCUUUUCAGCACUUUCUUUUCCUCCUUCCCCUUUAGUCAUUAUCUUCCCUUUCCCUUUCUCCUUAUCUAAGGUGAAAAUUAAAGAGAGGAAAGGAAAAGCAAUCAUUUACAUGCCUUUUUUACUUUUUGAGAAAAUUAAACUAAAUACAUUCAAAGAAGCCUGAUUACAUUGAAACAUUCUCAUUUUGUCUUUAAUUUCUUUUGGAAGAGAUGCAAACAUCUAAGAUUCAGUUUUCAUUGAUUGAAAAAUAAUAUUGUUCUGAAAUAAAAAUUAAUUCUUUAUUUACCUCAUAGCAAUAUUACUUUAGUUUCAGAUGUUGAGGAACCAACUGAACUUAUACAAAGGAUUCGCCAACUUUAUUUGACACGUGAAAGGCAACUUUCACCAUUUCCUUGGUGUGACCUUGAGCUGAAUGAUAUAUUUACCAGGCCAACAAUUGUCAGGCACGACAAAACUAGACAAACAGGUGCAGAACAGGUAAUCAGCAUAACUGGAGUCUUUAAACCACACAGUGGAUGCUCUAAGCCCAGAACUGUUCUGAUUGAAGGAGAACCUGGAAUGGGCAAGACUACCUAUUGUCAAAAGGUAGUGUAUGACUGGGCCAAUGGUCAAGAAACAGAUGCUUCUUUCCCAAAAACUAAAUUGGUUCUCCUGCUCAAAUGCCAUGACAUGUCAGGCAACAUCUGGGAAGCCAUUGAUGAUCAGCUGCUUCCUAAAGAUAUUGAAGAGGAAGAAAGAGAGAACUUCUUCAAGUACAUUCGUGCCAAUCAGUCCCAGGUUCUCUUGGUACUUGAUGGAUUAGAUGAAGCACCUUCCAAUCACAUGAAGAUAUUUUCAGACCUUGUUGAGAGCAGAGAGCUAUCAAAGUCUCACAUCAUUCUUACAUCCAGGCAAGAGGGUAGUGUUAAGAUAAGAAAGUUUUGUGACACCUUGUUUCAGAUACAAGGAUUUGCUUCAGAGAAUUCUUACAAUUACAUCAAACACUACUUCAAAGACUUGGAGGCACAGGGACAAAACCUUUUAAAGGACAUAGAACAAAAUAUUGAACUUGGAGAACUGAUUGUCAAUCCCUUGUUCACAGCAAUGCUGUGUCUUUUUUAUGAAGAUUUAGAAGGUGGUCUGCCUCUAAGCAAGACUCAGUUGUAUCUUGAGAUCACAGAAUGCAUUCUUAAGAGAUUUUGCCAAAAGCAAGGGUUGUCUCACAAUAAUGACAGCCUAACUGAAGUUUACAAAGAAGAGCUGGAACAAUUGGGAAGUAUAGCCUGGGAGACCUUGAAGAGAUAUAAGAUGCAUAUUGAUGAAGGUGUAUUUACAGCUACAACUACAAGAAAAUCACCUCUAUUUGAAUUUUUGUCAGUUCAAUCUAACAGCAGCAAAAGAAGAUCCCAUACAUGCUAUCGAUUUUCACACAAGAGUUUUCAAGAAUUCUUUGCAGGUCUUCAUCUUUCUGACCAAAUUUUGAAAGGGGAAACAGACUUUGAGAGACUGCUUACAAAUGAAAGAGGAAACUUAAAGUCUCUUGAACCGGUCCUUUUGUUCACAGUUGGUAUUCUUGGACUUAGAAGUGAAAAUGAUGCUUUGUCUAUUUUAGAAAUCAUUAUCAAGAAAACCAAUCUUUUCAAAAACUUUGGGUUUCAAAAUUUUUAUCUGUGUUUUGCAUUAAAGUGCAUCAGUGAAUGCUCCACUGAAAAUUCAAGACUUCGAUCCCAGAUGAUAAUUUUUUUGGGAACAAAUAUGGAGCUUCAAGGGUUGAUAAUAUCUGACUACAGUUUCCCCUUUAAGUUGUUUGUUGAGGCCCUUCAAGUCAAUGGCACACUCACUCAUUUAUUAAUACCUUUUUCACCUAUUGGAGACCAGGAUAUUGUGUCAUUGGCAAAUAUGCUUCGAGUCAAUAAAACUCUGACUACAGUUAGACUCACUACAAAUGGUUUUGUCAGUGCACAUAAUGUGCAGCAACUGGCUGAUUCUCUAAUGGUUAACAAAACAGUAAAUGACUUGAUGUUUGGUGGAAAUGCAUGGGGCAAUGACGCAGUCAGGAUCUUGGUAGGUUAUAUGAAGAGGAGUGAAAGCUUGAGUUCCUUAAAUUUUAAUUGUAGUGACAUUGGUGAUGCAGGAGCUACAGCACUUGCAGAGGUUUUAAGGACCAACACAACUUUAAACAGUUUGGGCCUUUGUAAAAACCCAGGCAUUGGUAAUCCCAGUGUUAUGUCACUGUGCGAGGCUCUGAAAGUCAACACAACCCUUUGCUCAUUAGAUUUGUCUGGCACUGGUAUUAGUGAUGCUGGUGUUCUUUCUCUUGUGGAAGUUCUCAAAACCAAUACCAGCAGCCUAACCUCUUUGUCACUGUCAGAUAUCAAAAUAAGUCAUCACAGUAUAACGUCUCUUGCAGAAGUCUUGAGAGUCAACUCUACUUUGAAAGAGCUUGAAUUUGAAGGAAAUAAAGUUGGUGUUUGUGGAGCAAAGUUGGUAGCUGAGAGCCUUAAAGUCAAUACAACCCUGAAACUUCUAAGUCUCUCAAGGAACAACAUCAAAGCACCAUGUGGCCGUUUAUAUACUGAUUCCCUCAAAGUUAAUGGGACACUGGAAUCUCUGACUUUGGCAGAGAAUGCCCUUGGCUCUCGUGGUGCCCAUCUUCUAUCAGAAGGGCUCAGAGUGAAUACCUCGCUUAGACAUCUGGACCUGUCUUGGAAUUCCAUUGGCAGUGAAGGUGCAGAGUCAAUUGCAGAAACCAUCAGAAUUCAUGCUUCACUGACCAGCUUGAAGCUACUAGGGAACAAUAUUGGUGAUCCUGGAGCCAACAAGGUUUCUGAAGCUCUUAAAGUCAAUGUCUCUCUGGAGGACCUGGAUCUGUCAUUUAAUGCCAUUGGUGCUGCUGGAGCUGAGUCUAUUGCUGAGGCCCUUAAAAGUAAUGCUACUCUGACUGCUUUAGACCUUGGUUGUAAUGUCAUUGGCGAUAAUGGAGCCCAAUCACUUUGUGAGGCUCUUAAGACAAAUGCCACCCUGACCAACUUGGAUGUUUGUGAAAACAAUAUUCAUUCAGCUGGUGCUCAGGCAUUUGAUGAGCUCCAAGGAAAUAAUAAUACCUUAAAGGUGGUAAAUUUAGCAAUGAACAAUAUUGGUGAUUUAGGUGAUCAUAGGGAUCAAGAACUUAAUGAAGUCCCCGUGGUAAGCAUUCCUUCUUUUCUUACUUUACAUGAUCUUUCACUACGAUUUACUGAUCUGCAAAGUUUUUGUAUAGUUGUGUCUAAAGAAACUUUGAUGCUACCUCAACAGUAA